AUGGAUGUCGGGGAGCUCCUGAACUAUCAGCCUGAUAGAGGAGCAAAACGUCCCAGGGAGGAGGAUGGAGGUGCAACAGGAGGAGAGGAUGAACCCAGAGGAGGGAAGCAGCAGAAGGGGCUUCCCAGAGAGUUAGCCAGGCAUCGGGAAUUAGCAGAAGUAGGAGGUGAGAUGAGGGAAACUGAGGAGCUGACUGCAGAUGGGAAGAAGAUCCUAGAGAGACUGAUGGACCAGGAUGAAGAUGAUCCUGAGGCAGAACCAGUGGAUGAGAGUUCAGUGAAGAAAAUGAUCCUGACCUUUGAGAAAAGGUCGUACAAAAACCAGGAACUGAGGAUUAAGUUUCCGGACAACCCAGAGAAGUUCAUGGAGUCAGAGCUGGAUCUGAACGACAUUAUCCAAGAAAUGCAUGUGAUCGCCACCAUGCCGGAUCUCUACCACCUGCUGGUGGAGUUGAACGCUGUCCACUCACUGCUUGGCCUCCUCAGCCAUGAAAACACUGAUGUUGCCAUAGCGGUGGUGGACCUGCUGCAGGAGCUCACGGACAUCGACACACUCCACGAGAGCGAGGAGGGGGCGGAGGUGCUCAUAGACGCCCUGGUGGAGGGUCAAGUAGUUGCAUUGUUGGUCCAGAAUAUGGAACGACUAGAUGAACAAGUGAAGGAGGAGGCAGACGGCAUCUAUAACACACUGGCGAUCAUAGAGAACAUGGCUGAGUUCAGACCGGGCAUGUGCACUGAGGCUGCUCAGCAAGGACUCAUGCAGUGGCUGCUCAAAAGGAUCAAGGCGAGGCCAUUUGAUGCUAAUAAGCUGUACUGCAGUGAAAUCCUGGCCAUACUACUGCAGAACAAUGACAAUACUAGAGAACUACUGGGAGAGAUGGACGGCAUUGAUGUGUUACUGCAGCAACUAUCUGUGUUUAAGCGUCACAACCCGUCCACGGCUGAGGAGCAGGAGAUGAUGGAGAACCUCUUCGACGCUCUUUGUUCCUGCCUCAUGCUGCCCGCCAACCGGGACCGCUUCCUAAGAGGGGAGGGGCUUCAGCUGAUGAAUCUCAUGCUAAGAGAAAAGAAAAUGUCUCGGACCAGCGCUCUGAAGGUUCUGGACCAUGGGAUGAUCGGACCAGAGGGAGCAGAUAACUGCCAUAAGUUUGUGGACAUCCUGGGUCUGAGGACCAUCUUUCCACUGUUCAUGAAAACACCCAAAAAGAUGAAAAAAACUGGAGCAUCGGAGAAGGAACAUGAAGAGCACGUCAGCUCCAUUAUCGCCUCCAUGCUGAGGAAUCUGAAAUCCCAACAGAGAAGCCGACUCCUCAGCAAGUUCACAGAAAACGACUGUGAGAAGGUUGAUCGACUAAUGGAGUUGCAUUUUAAGUACCUGGAGGCUGUUCAACAGGCUGACAAGAGGAUUGAAGGAGAGAAACAUGAGAUGGUUCGGCGUGGGGAGAUCCUGGAUGACAGCAUGGAGGAUGAGUUCUACCUUCGCCGUCUGGACGCCGGACUAUUUGUCCUUCAGUUGAUCUGUUACAUUAUGGUGGAGAUCAGCAACUCAGGGAUACCACAGCUCCGACAGAGGGUCCAUCAGAUUCUCAACCUGAGGGGGGGGUCGGUCAAAGUGGUCCGCCACGUCAUGAGAGAAUACGCCGAGAGCAUCGGAGACGGGAAGACGGAGGAGUUCAAGGAGGCCGAGCGCAAAAGGAUCAUGGACCUCGUGGACAGUUUCUAAUUUCUUUUUUCCCUUUAACGAUGAGCGUUGAAAAGCCUUGAUUGUGAUUUUGGACUCGUCCUGGGCACAAAAUCCAAACAGCAGCUGUAUGAGAGUGUCUUUGGAGAUUUCAGUGCUUUUCCAACCGUUUCCCCUCAUCAGGUGUCGUCCUGUUCCAACCGCAGAUAGUUAAUGUUUAAACUGUGUGAGAUGAAAACAAUCGUAGAAUAGUUUUACAUUGUGGGAAAUCUGGUUCCACUUUACUGCUAAAAUUAGAUACGAUGGCGGACAGGGAUACGUCAGUUACAAUUUCUUCUGAAUGACACAAAACAUGUUCAACUGUUAUCUUCAUCAUCUAAACAACCACCUCAUGUCUGUAUUCUUUUAGUCAUAUGACUUCUUCCUGAUUUUUCGGAUUUUUUUUUCCUUGUAAAAUUUGCGACUAUAAUCUUGGAGAAAUUCUGAGUCUUUUCAUACAAAUGUCUGCCUUUAUUAUUUCAAAGAAUACCCAUAAAUGCAUUUUUUCCAUAAUUUGUUAAUAUUUGUUUUUCCUCAUAAUUAGGAAAUAAUGCAUUUCUUUUCCUUAAUGUCUGAACUUUGUCUUGUGAAUUUAUAACAUUAAAUUCUGAGAAAGCCUGAGGUUUGUCCUAUAAAGUUAGGAAUUUGAGUUUUUCCUACAAAUUCACGACUUGAUCUUUGAUAAUAUUCUGUUGUUUUUUUCUCAACUUAUGAACAAAUAAUAUCAGAUGAUUCAGAUUUUUUUUUUAAUCAUAAAUGUACAACUAUAAUCUCUCAACAUUCACACUGUUUUUUCCAUCAGUUUGUGAGUUUUUCUUGUCAUAAAUUUAAUUUUGGAAUUUUUCUGAAUAUUACCCAUAUUGGCUCUUGUGUACUAUUUUUUUGUGUGUGUAACGGUGGGAAAGAAAAACAAGCAAAAAACCCAAAUAACACCUUUCCCCAAAUGUGUCAGUUUUCAUCUAUUGUGGCCGUCUGUACUGUCACAGAAUGAGUCCAAAGUCAUGAGUCAAGGCUGUACGUAUUAACAUCAGAGUAGAAACAGAUGCUUUUGUGGGUGGACGUUGCCGACACCGGGCUGAGGCUUCUCACAUCCACUGGUGUUUUUUUUUUCCCCCACUCUGUGCUGUUGAACACUGUGGGAUAAAUAUGGACAGACGCUGCAGAGAUCCACAAAUCUAAUUACUCUCCUCUUUUACCUGCUUGUGUUUGUUUGAGGGUUUACAUGUUAAAUAUUUUCUAAUAAAAACAUUUGUUCAUAAAAUCCUGA